UGAUUUUUUUUAAUUGGGUACCUACUGUGUUCAAUUACCUAUUUCAUGUAAUACGCAUACGGAAUAAUUGGAUUAAUAUUUUGUAUUGUACGCACAAUUUAUUGACGUUACAAAAGUAAACAUGUAAGGUAUAGGUAGCUAGGCAAUAGGUAGGCAUUAAUUGAUCGGUAAAUAUUUGUUUUUGUCGUUAUAAUUGACGCUAAAUAAUACCGUUGAUGUCCCUUAGCGUCGGUGAAACAUUUUCAACUUCGAAGUCUUGAAUAGUUGAACAACUAUAAGAGUCGAAAAAAAAAAUUAAAUACGAAAACGUGUACCUUUUAAAAUGAAUCCAGUAUAAUAUUUAUAAUGACCGAAAUCUGUACGUGAAUUCAUUGUCAUGUUCAUUUUCGUCGGAGACGGUGAUCGAUAGCAGCAUAGAUAAUAAUAUGACAUCUCGCCGUACGAAAAUCGCAAUGUACUCAUUUCGAUUAACGUUUUUCGUUCACUGCUAUUACUACAAUAUUUGUUUAUAUUACCAUCUGUUCGUACCGUCUGUUCGUUCGUUCGACGGACCGAGGAAGAUCAUGAACGAAAAAGUGCAAAUCGGAACUUCAAUACGGCAUUUGGACGAGUAUAAAAUCAGUUGUUUGCACCAAUUCACUAAAAAAGAGCUGAACAUGGACGCGGUGGCUCAGUGGAAUUAUCAUAUAAACAAAACCGAAGUGACGGAGAAUGAGGCCUUGAGAUCUUCCAUUCGAUUGUUUUUAUAUCAAAAAUUACUUUUAACAUCUGCUGAAAAUAUGUCUAUAGCUUUAGGCAUGAACUACGAAGACUUGUUGCCCUUAGUAUAUUUUAUGCAUGACCGUGGCAUUUGUCAGCUGAACUUGGACGAGUAUAAGACAACCAUAAUGCUGAAGAGGAAACUAAUAACGACGAUUAACGAACUAACAGUUUGCGAAUAUCGGAAGACUAAUCAUCUAUGUGACAUAAAAGCGGACGAUUUUCCAAACGAAAUCGAUUACUAUAUGGAACCAUACUUAUACAAUCAAGGUCGAUUGAAUGCUGAUAAGAUGUACGAAGGUAUUAGACCGCUUUACUUGCAUAUUUACACGCACAUUCGUAAAAUUCUCAGGAAAAAAUUUGGAACAGCUACUUUGUCUGCUCAUGGUCCCAUUCCUGUCCAUUUAUUGGGUUCGGUAUUGGGUCAACCAUGGACAAAAUUGGUACCAUUCAUAGUUCAGGAACUCGUUAUACACAAAAAUAGCAAAAUAAAUUCUAAGACUCCAAAGCGAUUGUUUGACCAAGCUAAUAGAUUCUUUGUAUCUAUUGGCAUGGGAUGUGUACCAAAAAGUGUUUGGUCCCAUUCAGUAUUUAUAGAAAAUAAAAAUUUUUGCAAUAUCGUACCAACAUCAUUGGAUAUGUAUGCAAAUAACGAUUACCGGGUAAAAAUGGGUUUUAAAAACACAAUCGAAGACGUGUACACCAUGCACAAGCAACUUGGAUUAGUGCACUAUUUCGCGGCCUAUAAAAAACAGCCAAUUGCGUAUCAGCAUACAUCUGACUCAGCGUUUGUGUACGGCGUGAUUAAUGCCUUGACAUUGUCCGUACGGUAUCAAGACUUCAUUGACAGGUACAACGAUAGUGUGAACAGUCGGCACAUCUAUCUAUUGCAGUUAGCUAUGGAAAAGGUCACUGUUUUGCCCUUCGCUUAUGCAGUCGAUAUUUGGCAAUCGGACACGAGCUCGAGGUCUUUCGCGCCAAAGCAUAUGAACAAUCUCUGGUGGAGCAAAAGAUUUAAAUAUGAGGGCGUUAUGUCGCCCAUUUCUAAAGACAUGGACAAAUGUACAAAUCCCAAUUACAAACCGUUUGAUCCGAGUCUGGCAUACGCUGAGGUGAUUGAGCUACCACACAUCAAAGACUUUCUGGGACCUAUAAUAGAAUUUCAAGUAUUCAAAGCGUUGUGCACGAUUUGCGGCGAGUACAAAUCUAAACACGCGAGAACCAAACACUUGUACGAAUGCAACCUACGUGGCUAUAAAAAAGUUGGAAAAAUUAUCAAAUCGGUCAUGUCGAGAGGCUCUUCGACGAAAUGGCAAUUUCUAUUUGAGACAAUAGUUGGACACCAACGAAUAGAAAUAGAACCGUUGUUGGAAUAUUUUCAACCACUCCACAAUCAUCUUAUUAAAACCAAUCACGAGACCAAUGAACACAUAGGAUGGAAGUAGUUUUCAUCACAAAAAAAGUUAAUUAUUAAAAUAUGUUUUAGGUAGGUAUCAUCAGAAAGAAAUAUCCAUUUUUCUUCUAAAUAAUAUAACAGGACUUCAAACCAGUUAAAGCUGUAAUUUAUUUUAAAGAAAAAUGUACAUUAACGAAAACUA